AUGCAGGAGCCUGUUGACACCAAUGGCUUUGACGCAGACAGAAGCAACGACCUUGGGUCUCCUCCCAUAGAGGCUCUCGAUAGCGACGAUGCUCUAUGGAGUCAGCUUGGUGGCCAUGAGCCCGCACCUCCCCCCGGACCAGACGCUGUAUUCCCGCCUCGGUCAACACAGCUGCAAGUUACCACUGUCACAUCCCACUCGGCACAUGUUCUUCCUGAUCGCCGGCCUUCGCCACUUCCAAAUUUGGAUCUCACAAAGACACCAUUUUACAGCGAUCUCUUGUGGACUCUGAGAAACGCCUUCGGUCUGCGAACCUUCCGCCCCAACCAGCUCGAGGCGUGCACCGCCAGUAUGCAGGGCCACGAUGUCUUUGUUCUCAUGCCCACCGGCGGUGGCAAAAGUCUCUGCUUCCAGCUGCCCGCAGUCGUAAAAAAUGCACAGAUGGACGGCGUCACGGUAGUCAUCAGUCCGCUCGUCUCAUUAAUGCAUGACCAAGUCAGUGCACUGCGAGCUAAGGGCGUGAAGGUCGCAUGUUUCGUCGGAGAUCAAACCUCGGAAGAGGCCAAUAAUGUGCAUCAAAUGCUGAAGACGCCGCGCCACCGACCUGCUAUCCUUUAUGCUACCCCCGAAAAGCUAGAUAAGAGCGAAAGGCUCAAGAACGAUCUUCAGGCGUUAUACGAAGCGGGUCUCCUUGUCCGUAUCGUGGCCGACGAAGCACAUUGCAUCGUCACAUGGGGCAGGAAUUUUCGUGAUUCUUAUAAGGACUUCACGUGGAUCCGCGACAGAUAUCCCAGCGUCCCAGUCAUUGCACUCACGGCGACAGCCAAUAAGCAGGCCAUUCAGGACAUCAUCGCGCGUUUGCGCAUGCGGAACUGUGUUCAAUAUGCGAUGUCCUUCAAUCGCCCAAAUCUCCUCUACGAGGUCAGAGAGAGGGGUAGUGUGAAUGUCAUGAAGGACGACAUCGCGAGAAUGAUUAACAGCCAAUACCGCGGCAAAACAGGUAUCAUAUACUAUUCCUCAAGGGACAAGUGCGAGACGUUCGCCAAGCAGUUACGCAAGGCUGGAAUCGUGGCGGAGCAUUAUCACGCUUCUUUACCGGUAUCUGAGAAAGAGCGAGUUCAGCAGCAGUGGCAAGCUGGACAUGUUAAGGUGAUUGUGGCUACGAUCGCUUUCGGUAUGGGUAUCGACAAGCCUGAUGUGCGCUUCGUCAUUCAUUGUUCGCUUCCGAACUCUCUGAGCGACUACUAUCAAGAGACGGGGAGAGCCGGCAGAGACGGACUGCCUUCAGACUGCAUUCUUUACUACCAUUACAGCGACGCGCAUUUCAUAAUGCGUCGUGCUCGCGAGGAGGCCUGGGAAAGGAGGAACGCUGACCACGCAGAUAAUGCAAUAGAACAUAUCCGCCGCGUCGUGCAGUACUGCUUGAACGCUGUGAACUGCCGCCGCCAGCAAGUCUUGGCAUACUUCGAUGAGCAAUUCGACCCAGAGGAUUGUCACGACUUCUGCGACAACUGCAAAGAUAAAACACCAGCUAUCGCGGUAGACGUCACGGAACACGCCGUGCGAUUUGUGAACCUUGUUCAACAGGCUCAACAGGCUGGCUUGCUGGCUGCGCGUGGUACACUCAUCAAGGCCUUCCUUGGCAAGCUGGAUCCUACCCGAAACAAAGGCUACGACCAGCUACAGGUGCUCGAUGUCGAUAUUGCUAAAUCCGCCGGGAAGGAACUCGUGGAACGUCUCCAUGACCACCUCAUCGCGCGCGGCAUCCUCGUCGGGACAACUGAGCCAAACAAGUUCACCGGUUACACGCAGGACUGCACGCGGGUAAGCGAGACUGGGCGUGCCUAUCGUGACGCCUUUUGA